CCCGUGUUAUGUUUGUACCCUGUUUUGUACCUUGUGCUGCUGGCGAGUUAUUUUGACUCAAUGACAAAUUAAACCGAAUUUGGAGGACUCUUCCAUCUGACAGUCCGAUCACACCGGAUUUCUGCGGACAUCUUCAUUUUAAACAAGUCUGUGCGAGAAUGUCUUGAACUUUGCGAGCUGCAUCUGAUGAGAGCAGGACAACAAUAACUCGGUAAGAACAUUUCAAUAUCUGUGGAUUUCACUUGAAGAUCAACAUGAAGUUCGCCCAGAUCAUGCUGAAGAACAGCUCAAAGCUGAACAUACCUAAACAGGUGGACAGAUUUUCAAAGUACUCUCCGUCCCCGCUGUCAAUGAAGCAGUUCAUUGACUUUGGAUCUGCCAAUGCCUGUGAGAAGACCUCCUUUAUGUUUUUGAGGCAAGAGCUUCCCGUCCGGUUAGCCAACAUCAUGAAGGAGAUAGACUUCCUCCCGGACAAAUUGCUCGGCACUCCUUCACUGAAACUGCUUCAAAGCUGGUAUGCGCAGAGUCUGAUGGAGCUUGUUGACUUUUUGGAGAAAAACCCUGAGGAUAAAAAAAUCCUGACUAAAUUCACAGAAACGCUGAUCAAUGUCAGGAACAGGCAUAACAAUGUGGUGCCCACCAUGGCACAGGGAGUGCUAGAGUACAAGGAGGCCUUUGGCGUGGAUCCUGUGACCAAUCAGAACGUCCAGUAUUUCUUGGACCGCUUCUACAUGAGCCGAAUCUCCACACGCAUGCUGAUGAAUCAGCACACGUUAAUCUUUGAUGGCAGCACCAAUCCAGCCCACCCCAAACACAUUGGCAGUAUCGACCCAAAUUGUGAUGUUGUGGAGGUUGUAAAAGAUGCCUAUGAAAGUGCCAAAUUGCUGUGUGAUCAGUACUACUUGACUUCUCCUGAAGUGGAAAUCAAACAAGUGAACUUUAAAGGACCCAAUGACCCUAUACAUAUAGUUUAUGUGCCUUCUCAUCUGUACCACAUGCUCUUUGAGCUCUUCAAGAAUGCAAUGAGAGCAACUGUGGAAACCCAUGAGACCAGCCUACAUCUCCCACCAAUCAAAGUGAGAGUUUCUCUAGGAAGAGAAGAUCUGACCAUAAAGAUGUCUGACAGAGGAGGUGGGGUUCCUUUGAGGAAAAUCGAAAGGCUUUUUAGUUACAUGUAUUCAACUGCACCGAGUCCUGUGAGUGAAGACACUCGUAAUGCUCCCCUGGCUGGUUUUGGCUACGGUCUUCCUAUUUCCCGCCUUUAUGCCAAGUACUUCCAGGGAGAUCUGCAGCUCUACUCUAUGGAGGGAUACGGCACGUCGGCAGUAAUAUACCUAAAGGCCUUAUCCACUGAAUCAAUAGAGAGGCUUCCUGUGUUCAACAAGUCAGCGUUACGGCAUUAUCAGACAACUAUGGAGGCGGAUGACUGGUGCAUCCCGAGCAGUGAACCCAAGAAACUGGGAAAGUACGAGUACAGCGUUUGAGAGGGAGAAGAAGCUCAUACGAUAUGAACAUAAGGACUGAUGAGUGGAACUAUGUAAUGUGACUCUUCAGGGGUUUCAGAAACAUGGUAUUAUCAAAGGAUUGAUAACUGUCUUCAUGAAUGUUACAGUCUGAAUAACAAGGGCAUUUUGUCUUCCACAUCUCACAUUGCUUAUAAUACACCACACACUUCGUUUGCGGUGCUAACUUUUUCAUUCAGAGUUUCACAGGACACGGAAAAACAUGUCAGAGACUUCAGUUGAGUGUACUGAAGCGGUCUGGUUGUUUGAAUCUUACACAUUACCACGGAUUUGACCUGAUUCUGUAAGUGUGUUUUAGAGGAUGUGAACUUGUGUUUUAGUCAUUGGGGCCAAGUUACCAGCUUUGUGUGAGUUUUAUAGCAUGCAUCUCUAGCAAGAACACAAAAGCAAAUGAAAGUAGCCAAGGCUUUAUUUAUUUCCUUGGAUGAAAAUGCAUUCGCAAUGCAAACAUUAGAAUGAGCAUAGUUGUGUGUUGCUUGAUUGUGAGCUUGAAAUGUUCCUGUAACAGUUGGACCUACUGUCUAACACUCCAUUUAGUUUAGUAAAUGUAAAAAAUGUGAUGCUACCAUUGAUCCCAGAUCAUUUCAUAAACAUAUCUUUAAAAAUAUGUUAACAAAAUGUUAGAACAACAAGAGUUGUUGUCAUCCAAGUUACUCCACUAAAUAAAAUAAAAUAUUGAUUUGUCAUAAGGAAUCGACAAAGCCCAGGUUAGCAACUAUGGUAUUGAUUUAUUUAAAACUGGCUAGAUGGAUUAGACAGUGUUGAUCUUUGUUAUGUGUGAAGCUUUUUAUGACCACAAGAAUUUAUGAUCUUUGUGACAACAGCUUCUGGCUGAACAUUUCAGGUAUUCUCUAUGAACAAAUAUGACAUGUAGCACUAUAGUAGUUUUGUUUGGGAUUAGUUUUGUAGCAUAAAAACACUGAAGAGGCAAUAUUUUUAUUAUGUUCAUUUGCGUAUAAAUGAAAGAUACGUUUAAUUUCUUUUUUAAAUAUAUUAUCUCAGGAUUGUGCAGAUUUGCCUUUCUAGUUUUUUUUUUUUUUUUUCAUUUCAUUUUGUUUUUAUUGUUGUCUUGUUUUAAUUUCACUGUAAUAUUUGUAAAGUUGGCUUUUUGAAAGCAAUACGAAGGACCUGUAUGAAUUUUAAGGGCACUCAAGUGAGAGCAGCUGCUCUCUGUCAGGUGACACUCAUCAAACUCUUUUUGGGUGGGUUUUAGCUGCUAGCAGUUUGCUCUCAUGUGUUAGCCUCAUACAUAGAGAUGGAAGUAUUUAGACAACCUCAGUAGAUCAUUUGCACAUUUCCAGUUAUAAUCUAGAACUGACAUCUACCAGGUUGAUGUUUUUCAUUCAUACCUCAUAAGCUUCAUUUGUAGUCAUAUCCCCGUCCUAGUGAAAUCACACCUGCUUCUUGACGUGUUUUAGAUACACAAUCCUGUAUUCGGCAACUGUGUUAAUGAAUGCUCAGCACUAUUCAUGAAAUGUUAUUUCAAUUUCUCAUUCUGUGAGAGAGUGCCAUUUUCUGUACUAUUAAAACAAUGAAUGAAGUAAAAA